AAGCGGCGGCCGCCCUCAAACUCACGAAUCGGAGUCUUUUGAAUCAGCGUCGCUCGUAGUCGUAAGUCGUAACACAAAAAUUGGAUAUUGUGAAGGCUGCGGAUCCCAACUCCCAACUCUUCCAUUUGACUCACCCCAAGUUCGCAUUCGAUCCGAAUGGGUACAGGAGGAGGAGCUCCGCAGAGAGGAAGUGCAGCCGCUACUGCAAGCAUGCGCAGGAGGAGAUCGACGAGUAGUUCUGCUACAUCUGGAGGGGCAUCUGGAUCGAUGCUUCAGUUCUAUACAGACGAUGCUCCAGGACUGAGGAUAUCCCCAAAUGUUGUUCUGGUCAUGAGCAUUGGUUUCAUAGCUUUUGUUUCUAUUCUCCAUGUUAUGGGGAAGUUGUACUUCGUACGAAGAGAAGCUUAGAAGGAAUUUUUCUUCUCAUUAGAAAACUUUUUCUGUCGCAUACAAAACUUUUUCAGUGUUGUGUUGAUUUUGGAAUUUUGAACUAGAUCGUGUUUGGUAAAUUGGAGGCCUUGAUAUCCAUACAAGAGGGUAAUAUCUUUUGAUGAGAUAUCAACCAUAUGAUCUUAAACUUACUUUGCAGUUAAUAUUUAUCUAUCUUGAGAUAUA